AUGGAUAACGCUGUACCGGCGCUGCCAGUUCCUGACUCUGCCAGUUCUCAAGGCGGAUUGCUUGAGACUUACACAAAGAACCCAUACUUCAAUGCUGGACUUGGGCUGGCUGGACUUGGAAUGGCCGCUCAGUUAGGAAAACGUUUUUUAAUUAUAGGUAGUUUAUUUUGGCAAAAAUUUUAUUUUAUGCUUUGCAUUUGUUUAUUAUGUUCAUAAUCUUCAGUUUUUAGGUAAUCUUUUGUUCAGAAGGCGCUUUGUGACUUCUUUGACCCUAAACAACGAAGAUGCGUAAGUUCUACUAUUUUUCGUACUUUAUUUUUAGGUCAUAUCCAUGGGUAUUGGACUUUAUCAACAAGUAUAGCAAACAUAAAGCCCGUUCAAUCUCGGCCUCGUCGGUUAUCAGCCAAACUGAAAGUGGAAAAGUGUCAUCCUCGUUUUACUUGUUGCCAGGUUAUGGAACACAUUACUUCAGCUACGACUACAGAUUCAUUCAAGUGGAGAGGUCGAGAGAAAAGCAUCAGAUUCAGAAGAACGGAGUGAGAACAGCAUUGGAAACUGUCACAUUGACGACAUUUGGUAGUCCUCUGAUCUGGAAAGAUUUUUUGCAUAAAGCUACUGUCGAAGCAUUGGAAAAGGUAAGGGAGUUUGUUUCAAAAUGUUUUUGUUGAUCAAUAUUUAAAAGUAAUACCUAUUAAACUAAAAAGUUGUUUGUUUCCAUCUAACUUUGAUCACUUUUAGGAAGAAACGGGUACUGUUGUCUACAACGCCAUAGGACCAGAAUGGCAUCGAAUGGGAAAUCCGAGGAGGAAACGGCCGAUAGAAUCAGUAAUAUUGGCUGAAGGAAUCGUUGACAACAUUAUAAAAGACAUCGAAGAGUUCAUCGACAGUUCAGAAUGGUAAUUUUUCAAAAAUAUGUCAAAUUAUAACGUAUUUGGUUAAAUUAUUAUAGAUAUGGAUAAAAACAUCAAAUUUAAUAUAAAAUGUGAUUCCAGGUACAUUUCACGAGGUAUUCCUUAUCGACGGGGUUAUUUGUUCUAUGGACCCCCAGGCACAGGCAAAAGCAGUCUAAUAUCAUCUUUGGCUGGUCAUUUCGGAUAUUCAAUAUGCAUCUUAUCUUUGAGUGAGAGGACCUUAGAUGACGAUCGUUUGUCGUAUCUUUUGAAUAACACACCACCCAAUUGUUUUAUCCUAUUGGAAGAUGUUGAUGCCGCUUUUGUGAGUCGGGAUGCCUUUGAAAACUCUCAGCAUAAAGCAUAUGAAGGUAUGACUAGAGUAACGUUCUCUGGUCUUCUGAAUGCGAUUGAUGGCGUAGCUAGCAGUGAUGAAAGGAUAUUGUUCAUGACAACCAACUACAGAGAAAGACUGGAUGACGCGUUGGUGAGGCCAGGAAGGAUAGAUGUGCAAUAUAAACUUGAUAACUGCACGAAGGAUGUUGUUAGAGCAGUAAGUACUACAUUUUUAAGUAUUAGAAUGCUAACUAUAAUAAGAUUCUUAGUGUAUUGCUACUUUCAUUUAAAUUUUCAGUUCUUCAUUCGGUUUUACGAAAAUGCUGAUGACAGUAUAUGUGAUAGAUUUACCAACAAAGUUUUGUCAUCUGGUAAAUCUGUUUCACCAGCAUGGCUACAAGGAUACCUUCUGAUUCACAAAGAUAACCCUGAACUGGCUGUCAAAAAUAUUGAGGAUGCCUUAAGUUUUCUAAAGUAA